AGGGCUUUCAGCCUGCUAUAUUAGCAGUGACAAAAGGAAGUGAGAUCUGACAGAGACUUAACAUUUGUUUGUGUACCACUUGUCCUCUGUUCAGCUUGUGACCACCAAUAAUUAACCAUGGAUGAUAUCUAUAAGGCAGCAGUUGAACAGUUGACAGAAGAACAGAAAAAUGAGUUCAAGGCUGCCUUUGAUAUCUUUGUCUUGGGCGCAGAGGAUGGCUGUAUCAGCACAAAGGAACUUGGGAAGGUGAUGAGAAUGUUGGGGCAGAACCCCACCCCUGAGGAGCUGCAGGAGAUGAUAGAUGAGGUGGAUGAAGAUGGCAGUGGCACUGUAGACUUCGAUGAGUUCUUAGUUAUGAUGGUCCGAUGUAUGAAAGAUGACAGCAAAGGAAAAUCAGAAGAGGAACUCUCAGAUCUAUUCAGAAUGUUUGAUAAAAAUGCUGAUGGAUACAUUGACCUUGAAGAGCUAAAGAUCAUGCUGCAGGCUACAGGUGAGACCAUCACUGAAGAUGAUAUAGAGGAGCUGAUGAGAGAUGGAGACAAAAACAAUGAUGGCAAGAUUGAUUAUGAUGAGUUCUUGGAGUUUAUGAAGGGAGUUGAAUAAAUCUGAAACAACAGGAUGAACAGCCUUGUCUUUUAAAUCCCUCCAAUUACUUGUGUCAUCAACUUGGUUAUGUCCCCUUGGCUGCUAGCAUGAAGAAUGUGUUGAACAGGGUGGCCUUCUAGAGAAUACAGUGUUUUCAUAUCAAAGUGCCUCAGAUGAUUGAUCCAUGAAGAUUUAAAUAAGAAUGCUAUAACACAAUUGUGUAUUAGUUAUUAAAGUUCCCUUGUGCAAGUGUCAAGUCUUGAUCAAUCAAGAGUAGAUGAGAUAACAAAAAUAUCAUUAUAUCUGUAAGAAACAUUUUGCCUAUAGUCUAACUGUAACCUCUCAAUUGUAAAAAGCAAACAAAUAAUUGACUAUUACUAAAGCACCACAUAUUGUCAGAUAUUGCAUGUGACCCCUCUGUGAAUUGUUUACUAAAAGGUUGCAUGUUUCUUAUAGCUGUGCACUGAAUUAUGCAUUUGGAGAAAUUCCUGUUCCUGGUGAAGUGAAUGUGUCAGUUUUAAUGCUACCAUGAUUUGGUCUUCAGCACUUGUGGGGCUAAUCAUAUUGCAUGGAACAAUGAAUAAUGAAAUAUUAAUUUGUGUUUGAACCUUAAGUAGAAUGAUGAUUUGAGACAUUUUAACUGUCACUGACAAUUCAGAUUUUAAGUAGAAAAAUGCAAUAUACAGUCUGUACUCUGCUUCCUCCUCUACCUAUCAUGACGGAUGUCCAGUAUUGUGCCAGUCUGCUCUGUGUGCAAAAAUAAGAUUCCUUUUCAAAAUGCUAAUAAAAAUAUUCAUAAGCCAGA